CCUGUUUGAAUACUUGCGACCAUCUUCGUAAAUACUAUUUUUCGGCCGCAUCGCUCGAACGAGCAGAAUCAGCGACACGUGAGAAACGACUCGUAAACGCGAGAGACGAUCUCGAUAUUGUUUCGUCGGCCAGAGACUAUCACGGCUAGAAAAUCACGGUAAACGCGCGUAGACAGAAGGUACGGUGAUUAGGUAAUGCCGCGCGUCGCUGGUUCACGCCCGGACGGUAGAAAGCUAGUUAAGCUAGUCGGAAAUCGGCGAGAGUGGAGCGGAGUAGAUAAAUAACAAGUGGUGGUAGAUUCUGCUUUUCGUCUCUCUUCGUCGUACAGCUGUUUCUCCUCUUGCACAGCUUCACCUCACUAGACGUAUAUAUCUUUUCUUUGCAGCACGUUUGUAAGCACAGUGAAAGUCGGCAGAGAGCGUGAAACCUGUUGCUAAAUAGGUAUGUAUGUACACUAUGUUUAUGAACGCUAUAAUCUGCACUCUGCACUAGAUAGAUGGGUCGACCAAAGGGUGGCGUAGAAUUAAUUUAGAUUUAACGCGCCACGGGACUGAAUGGGAACCAAUUUCUCCGAAAUCUUUUUAACGCCGAUCCGCGGUUCGAUAAUAAUUAUUAUUACGUGUACUCGCGACCUACUGUUUAGACGGCGAUGGCACAGCUGAAGGUAGCGAUAAUCGGGCAGAGUCCCUUCGCAGCCGAGGUGUACAAGCUGCUGAAACAGAAUGGUCACCGGAUCACGGGCGUGUUCACCAUCCCCGACAACGGGAAUCGGGAGGAUCCUCUGGCCGCGACUGCGAGAGCCGACGACACCCCGGUGUUCAAACUGAAAACCUGGAGGAGCAAGGGAAAGGCCUUACCGGAGGUCCUCGAGUUGUACAAGAAGAUCGAGGUCGACUUGAACGUGCUUCCGUUCUGCAGCCAGUUCAUCCCGAUGGAGGUGAUCAACCAUCCUCGUCACCGGAGCAUAUGCUAUCAUCCGUCUCUGCUUCCCAGGCACCGUGGAGCCAGCGCCAUAAACUGGACACUGAUAGAAGGAGACGACACCGCGGGGUUCUCCAUCUUUUGGGCAGACGACGGCCUCGACACCGGGCCGAUCUUGCUCCAGAGAUCGUGCAAAGUCGAGCCGAACGACACCGUAGACUCGUUGUACAAUAACUUCCUGUAUCCCGAAGGCAUCAAAGCCAUCGCCGAGGCCGUGGACCUCGUGGCUAAGGGUACGGCGCCCGUGAUUCCUCAACCCGCGGAGGGAGCCAGUUACGACCCGAUGCUGAACAAGAAGGAUCUCCAGAAGAUAGAUUGGUCGAAGCCCGCGAAGAAGGUUCACGAUUUCAUUCGCGGCCUCGACAGCACGCCGGGAGCCUGGACCGUGAUCGACGGCGAGGAAGUCCGUCUCUUCGGGUCCAGUUUAUGGAACGACACGAAGAUACCGGAUCACGAGACUCGAGUGACCGUGGCCGAAAGAGCGGGCAUCGUCCACGAGGGCGGAUUGUUGAUCAACGCCAGUGACGACCGUUUCGUCAACGUGGAGAGAAUAAAGAUCGGUACCAGGACCAUCCCCGCCAGCAAGUACGGGCAGAAGAUCGAAGAGACCGCGGUGGACUUCACCGAGGAGGAGCGGGAAUCCGUGGAAACGUUGAGACGCAUUUGGACGGAUAUCUUGAACGUGGACGUCGAAGACGACACGGACUUCUUCGCUUGCGGAGCGGGAAGCAUGGACGUCGUCAGACUGGUGGAAGAGGUGAAGGACAAUCUGGGCGUGAGCUUGCAGAACAUCGACGUCUUCAUGGCUCCCUCGUUUCUUCGAUUCGCCGGCACGGUCGUGCUGACGGCCAGAGGCGUCUCCGCGGCGAAAGACGUUAAAUACGACGCCGUGGAGAUACGGGCGAACAACAGGAGCCUCAAGUUCCCGAGGCAACUUUUUAUAAACGGAGAGUUCGUGAACGGCCGGGCGAAGCCCAUAGACACGAUCAACCCUGCCGACGAGACCGUCAUCUGUUCGGUCGAGAGCGGCUCCGUGGAAGACGUGGACAGGGCGGUGAAGGCCGCCAAGAGAGCCUUCGAGGAAGGAGAAUGGAGCAAGAUCAGCGCCAGGGAACGCGGCGCUCUUCUCUUCAAAUUGGCAGACUUGAUGGAAGAGCACAAGGAAGAGCUGGCCACGUUAGAGAGCUUGGACUCCGGCGCGGUGUACACUCUGGCUCUGAAGACGCACAUAGGGAUGUCGAUAGAGACUUGGAGAUAUUUCGCGGGCUGGUGCGACAAGAUCCAAGGCUCCACGAUACCGAUAACCCACGCCAGGCCGAAUCGCAAUCUGACGUUCACCAGGAAGGAACCGAUCGGCGUCUGCGGUCUCGUCACACCUUGGAACUAUCCACUGAUGAUGCUCUCGUGGAAAAUGGCAGCUUGCUUGGCAGCGGGAAACACGGUGGUAAUGAAGCCGGCACAGACCUCUCCGUUGACGGCGUUGAAGUUCGCGGAGUUGACCGCGAGAGCCGGUUUCCCGCCCGGAGUGGUGAACAUAGUACCCGGGAACGGCAGUGUGACCGGUAACGCGAUAUGCGAACAUCCUCUGAUCAGGAAGCUGGGAUUUACCGGAUCCACGUUCACCGGGAAGUCGAUAAUGAGGUCCUGCGCGGACAGCAACUUGAAGAAAGUCUCGCUGGAACUGGGUGGCAAGAGUCCUCUUGUCAUCUUCGAGGACGCCGACCUUCAGCAGGCGGUGAAAAUCGGGAUGAGCAGCGUGUUCUUCAACAAGGGCGAGAACUGCAUAGCCGCUGGCCGAUUGUUCGUCGAGCAAAGGAUUCACGACGAAUUCGUGAGGAGAGUCGUGGAGGAGGUCAAGAAGAUCUCCAUAGGAGACCCGUUGGACAGGAGAACCGUGCACGGACCGCAGAAUCAUAGAGCGCAUCUGGAGAAGCUCCUGGAGUUCGUGCAGCGCGGGGUCGACGAGGGGGCCACGUUGGUGUACGGUGGAAAGAGAGUGGACCGUCCGGGCUGGUACUUCCAGCCCACGGUCUUCGCGGACGUGAAGGACGACAUGUACAUAGCGAAAGAGGAAUCCUUCGGUCCGAUCAUGGUGAUCUCCAAGUUCGACUCGAGAGACAUGGACGAGGUGAUCGCCAGGGCGAACGACACGGAGUACGGACUCGCUUCGGGCGUCCUCACCAAGGACAUCGGCAAGGCUCUUCGAUUCUCGGAGAAAAUCGAAGCUGGAACCGUGUUCGUCAACACUUACAACAAGACGGACGUGGCCGCGCCUUUCGGUGGCUUCAAAAUGUCCGGCUUCGGCAAAGACUUGGGACAGGAGGCUCUGAACGAGUACCUCAAGACGAAGACCGUCACCAUAGAAUAUUAAUUGUAUUCUCGUCUAUUUUCGUUUCAUCGUCGCUUUCAUUUCAUCGUUUCUCAAAUGUUCUAUUUAUAAAAAUAUAUUUUUCCGAUACAUUAUUUUGCAACGUUUCAUUCGGUAGUCGACUCUCGCU